AUUACAAAGAAAUAAUUUUCUUUAAAAUUGAGAUAGCCAAAAACAAAACAUUUAUACAGAAAGUACUUAAAAGAAAGUGCUAAAAAAAAUUCUUCACAUUUCUUCAGCCCAACAAUUUGUACUGUAUUUUGCUAAGUCUGUGUUAACUUUCAUGUGAAUAUUUAGUAAUUUAUUCAGGUUUUCACCAGUUUUUUCUCUGACAUUUCACAUUUAUUGACUGGCUGCAUAUUACAGCUGACUUUGAGCUGCAUUCUUCCUAUUAAAUAUUUUGUCAAUAUUCUGCUUCAUUAUGUAUUUCCAUUUUCCCCAAAGUUAUUUUUCAAACUUAAUGAGGUUUUCCUCAUAUUUUCAGACGACUUUAGUGGUGUUUAAACAUAAAAGAUCAGGCCUGCCGUUGACAAAAAGUGAAAUUAGUUACUUGUGUGCCACAGACGCCAGGCUGAACAUUGACAUCACACAUCAGGGUUCAACAGUUUGAGGUGUCACAAGUGGGAUGUCAUCCUGACAGUGUGACAAGAAACACUUUCCUCCAGUGUGUGUUUAUUGCUUUUUAUAUAACACUUUUCUUUCUACCUGCUCUGUCCGACCGAGGUGUUUCAGGAUUUUCUCUGGAUGUGACAGGAGAACAAAAAGAUGGUCUGAGGUGGAGGUGACAGUUUGAGUCUGAGGGCCACACAGUGAGCGACAGCGAGGGUCAGUGCUCCUAUCGUCAGAACAUCACUGCAGAGCAGAUAAAGAGCAGACAGAAGUAGCCAAUCUCUGAUAGCGAUGUCUGCAGUGACAUGAGCAGCUCGUCUUAUCUCAUGUUUUCUCACUUGACUUAGGAUCUGAGGUCAGGAGGUCACAGCUGAUUUUUUUCUUCCACUGUGUCAGAUCUUAGACUGCAGACUGACACAGAAUCUACACUGGGACUAACGAGUCCCAACUGAGGCCUGGGGGCAGAUCACGGCAUGUGGAUAGGUUUUCUGUUACCCAGCAGCAAGUAAGGGAAAAAAAACAUUUUUCUAUGUAUUUCAUAUAUUAUAUUUAAGUAUAUUUUUGUGUUUCCUGCCAGAGUCACAUACACUUGUCCAUCCAUUUAAACACAAGUCUUUGUCAUUAGAAGUACAGUGAUACUUGAGAGGUCACCAUGGUUAGUAAACUGUUAGCUGUGUUUCUGUGUCACUGGCUACAGUUAACUUAGAUAAACCUGAGCUUGUCAUAUUUACAGCUAAUCUUUUCUUUAGUUGACUUUUUAUUAUUUUUUGACCUUUUACCCUUUUGGAAAAUGUAAUCUACUCUGUGUGGUUUUGACUUUCAAGUACUUUUAAUUUUAAUUAGUUCUCUCUCUAACUGCCAUCUUAUCCUAAUCUCCAAUACUGAUUUCUAAUUAUAUUUCUUAGUCUUAACCUCUGAUCCUAACCAAUAAUCCAAAUUUCAAAUUUCUAAUCCUAAAUGUAAUCUCCCACCCUAAAUUCCAAUAGUGUUGGAAAUGUUUCAUAUUAUUAUUAUUAUUAUUAUUAUUAUUAUUAUUAUUAUUAUUAUAUUCCUUAAUUCCAAUCUCUCAUCCUAACCUCUAAUCCUAAUGUAUAAUUAUAUUUCUUAAUCUCAAUCUGUAAUCCUAAUUUCAAAACCCUACAGUCUAAUCCUACCUCAUUGUUGACAACAAUAAAAUACCUUUAGGAGAAUGUAGAGUAGUAAUGUACUGAUUUUAAUAAGGUCUAGCUGUAAGUCAUUUUUACAGUCCUAAAUGUCUUGGUUUACAUUUAUGUAAUAAAAAAAUGUUGUAUCUAAUGAAUGAAAAUGUAAAUAAAGUUCUUUCUGAAGCCAGACUUGCUGUAGUGCAGACAGAUACGUCAGAGAUCUCCCCCUCCUCUUUUUCUCCUCCCAUGGGAGAGUUUUGGAGUUUCCACAGCAAUUAGUUGAGUAGACGCCACGCUCUCAUUCAGCCUGAAUCCAUCCUGCUCCGCUCUGCAGCAAACUUUACAUUUGGUAAUGAAUUAAGAGGCGUGCGCUGUUAAAGGAGACUUUUGCUGACAUCUCUAUAAACCGUAAGAUAAGCUGGGCCUAAAUCAAGAAAAAUGCCGAGGCAGCAGCAGGCAGUCCAAGGAAAAAUGUGAGUGAGAAGAGCAUUGGGAUGGAGAUAACAGUGGGAAUAUGGGCCUUCAUAAAACACGCUGCUCUCUCUUAAUUUGAAAAGGCUUUUAAAGGUGAAUGCGGAAGAAGGACAUGGACAGAAAAUGAUGCUAAACAUUGGCUGUUCAACUAAGAAAAAUAUAUUUGUUGACGAGCAAGUGAUAAUGAGGUGAAGCAGGGGUAAAUGACUGAAGGAUAAAAGAAAAAAAAAUUCUAAAAGUCAGGGCGACUUGAGGAAAUGAGCCAAUGGCUUUCCUAUACAGAAAUGAAAUGAAGGACUGAAACGGACCACUUGUGUCAAAGACAUUUGUGGUUUUAUUGCCAUGGUUCUGAGGUUACACAGACAGCUCUUUUUCAAACAUAUAGAGUAGGCACUGUAAGUAGGAGAUAAGUGUGUGGUGGAACUAGAGAAGAGAGUACCAGGGUCAACACCGUUAAUGCACAAACACUUGACUGUUGCCGUAAACCAAUAUCUGGCUCAUGUGAAGCUGAGUGAGAAGUGAAGAUAAGAUAAGGGAUGUCACAAUUACUCCAUAUCACAAUUAAUUGCGGUACUCUGCAUUAUUUUUAAGUUAUCCUUAAAAGGUUACUCUAACACCUUAAUAGAUUUAGAAAAUACUAUACCGGAACUAUAAUAUAACCCGCGUCCUGCCGCGCCUGUUGCUUUGUUUUCGGUCCGUCUAAGUUUCAGAACAGAUGCGUGAGGACGCGGGGAAAAUGGCAGAAGAAGAGUUAUUUCCUCAAUCAACACAUUACAUAAACCGUGGGAGUUAUUUUGGCUACAGAAGAAAAUUGACCGGGGUGUCGUUGUGGACGACGGAUUGCUAGCAUUUAAAGCAUGCUAAACAAAUGCGGUGGAAGGAGGAAAUACAUCCGACAUGGUCUAUCACCUGCGGCACAACCACCUGACUUUGUUCGCCAAAGUAAAGUGAACCCAGGAUGAAGGCAGGAGACUGACCCACGGUGAGAGAGCACUGAGACGCACACUGAGCUGCAGGUGCUGGGGACCAGAGCCGGGAGGAGCAAGAGGACGCACCGAUGAGACAACAUGGCUCCACUGCUACGUGAUGGACGGCUGAUUCACAUCCUCUUUCCUCUUCUGCUUCUCCUCUUGAGACCCCCCCUGUUGGUCAGCUUUGGAGAGCGCACCUGUCCCAACAGCUGCCGAUGUGAGGGGAAAACCAUCCACUGUGAUGCUUCUGGAUUCUUGGAGGUUCCAGAAAACAUCUCCAUCGGUUGCCAGGGUCUGUCGCUGCGCUACAAUGAUCUGCACACCCUGCUGCCCUAUCAGUUUGCUCACCUCAGCCAGCUCCUCUGGAUUUAUCUGGACCACAAUCAGAUCUCCACCGUGGAUAGUCGCUCCUUCCAGGGUGUCCGCAGACUGAAAGAGCUAAUACUGAGCUCCAACAGGAUCACGUCACUCCACAAUUCCACCUUUCAUGGAAUUCCCAACCUUCGCAGUCUGGACUUAUCCUACAACAAGUUGGAGGUUCUGCAGCCGGGGCAGUUCCAUGGUUUAAGGAAACUACAGAACCUACACCUGCGAUCAAACGGUCUCUCCAUUAUUCCGAUUCGAGCAUUCCUGGAAUGCAGAAGUUUGGAGUUCCUGGAUUUAGGCUACAACCGGAUCAAGGCUCUCACCCGCACAACCUUUCUAGGUCUACAGAAGCUGAUGGAGUUGCACCUGGAACACAACCAGUUCUCUCGGAUCAAUUUUUUCCUCUUUCCUCGUUUGGCCAACCUGAGGUCUCUUUACCUCCAGUGGAACCGGAUCAGGGUCGUCAACCAGGGCCUUCCAUGGACUUGGUACACACUUCAGAAAUUGGAUCUCUCAGGAAAUGAGAUCCAGACCCUGGACCCUGCCGUGUUCCACUGCUUGCCCAACCUUCAAGUCCUUAACCUGGAGUCCAACAAACUUUCCAAUGUGUCUCAGGAGGCGGUGUCUGCCUGGAUCUCACUGACCUCCAUCAGCCUCGCUGGAAACAUUUGGGACUGUGGAGCAGGAAUAUGCCCUCUGGUGGCUUGGUUGGGGAAUUUCAGGGGCAACAAAGACACCACGAUGAUAUGCAGCAGCCCAAAGUAUCUGCAAGGGGAAAAAAUAAUGGAAGCCACUAGAAAUCACAUGAUAUGUGAGGAAACUGAUUAUGUUUUGACUGAAACACCGUCACCAAUGUCAGAUCUGGUUUCUGAAGCCACAGCUGAACCAACCUUCCCUCCCACGGAAACCUCUUCACCAAUGCCACCAAGCAGCACCUUUGGUCCAGUUUUACCAUUCAGACCUAGACCGGUUUCUCAUCCAACUAACCCUGGACGCAUGAACAAAGACCUCAGGGAUUCUGUAGCCCGAAUUCGACCCACUUAUGUACCAUCUGCAGAGUUUGAACACAUGACUCUGCAUAAAGUGGUGGUGGGCAGCGUGGCAAUCUUCUUCACCAUGUCCUUGAUCUUGACAGUGAUCUAUGUGCUGUGGCGACGUUACCCAGGAGCCACCAGGCUGCUGCAGCAGCGCUCGGUAGUAGGACGCAAGCGCCGCAAAAAGAGUCCAGAGCCGGAGCAGAACCUCAGCUCCCAACUCCAGGAGUAUUACAUGAGCUACAACCCUGCUGCCUCCCCGGAAGCACUGGAGGUUCUUGGCAACGGCACUGGUUCCUGCACAUGCACAAUGUCUGGCUCCAGGGAAUGUGAGAAUGAAUAUACGUGUCCGCGGCCUCUGCCUGGCUCCUGGCUCGGUGACGUUCCAACUAUCCAUUAGUCCACCCCUGGACCAGGAAACAGGGACAUUGGCGGAACAAAGACCACUCCCAGUGCCCAAGUUUCGGUAUAUAAUGACCCUCCACACCUGCAGGCGCAGCAAUGAGUAGACAGAGGAUUUUUUUUUCUUUCUUUAAAAGGUUUGCUAAACUUUCUGUGUAUUUCUUUUCUACGAGAUUCAUCAGACAUUUGAGACGGACUUUGUUAAAUUUAUGGAUGCUAGCAAAUGCUAACGGAUGCUAAUCAGCAAGGUGCGUGUUAAAUGUACACACUGUAAUUACUAUCUGUGUCCACUUAGAAAACAGAGUGAAAAAAGAAAAUUAAACGGACCACAGAGCGUUUUUACGAGGCUGUUCAGUUUUCAAAAAGGAGAAAAACUUUGUAAAUGAAAAACGACUGCAACUGCUGCACUAAGAUGUGAAGGUUUACAGAUUCCAAUGCUCUUUUCUUUUAAAACUGUUACGACUACACUUUACAGCAGGGUUGGUGUGAAUGUGGCUUGAUGGAGCAGCAACUGGAGACGAUGAGUUUAGUUUUUGGCAAAUGUCUGUUUACAUGAGGUUUGAUUAAGUCUCAUUAACCUGAGUGCGAAAUAAUAAGUACAGUUGGUCACAGUUCCACACUGGAGAAAAGGAGUAAUCCUCCAAGUCCUUCAUAUACAGUAUGUUCAUCUGCUAGUCAGUAGGGGGAGCAUGUCCUGAAUCAUUGAGACAUGUUUGCAAAAAUAGAUAAAAAGCAAGAUUCUUUUUUAUGGUUUUUUUUUUUUAUUAUUUCAGGGCUACCAUUUGGCUAACCUGUAGCUAGUUUGCCUUAUUUCACUAGAUUUUUGUGUUUCUCAUGUUUUCAGAAACAAAUCAUUUUUUUAGUGUAAUUGAAGCUAUUUCAUGAUUACCUUUUUAUUAUUUAAAUUGUUUUCUUUUUGCGUCUUUUUGACUUUUUGCAUUUGACAAAGUGAAUUGUGACUUUAGUUCAAUUGUCUAAUUCAGCGUAGUUAUCUUCACUCUAGUUAUCUUUAAGCUAGUGUUUAACUGGGUAAAACAAAUGUUUGUUUAUUUUUUAUCUGUUUUGUUUUCCUCAGCUCUGACUUCAGUCAACUCUGGAGCUUUUUCUGCUAAUUCUGCCAUUUGAGUUCGUUUGGAGUCAGCAGUCAUGUAACGUUGUGCUCCUCUGUUGCAGAGACAGAGUCAAUAUUCAUUUAAAGUUCUGUGGAACAGAUGUUCUUGUUGCUCAUGUAAAAACUCUCCCUGUGUUUGAUCAUUUCUAGAAACCUCAGAAUGGAAGUGAAAUAAUAAUAAUAGACGAGUGAACAGGAGAACAGCUAAUGUCGGUGACGAGAGUUUGUUCGAAGCUAUUUCUUCUUUUUUUUUUGUAACUGCCUUGUUUAUAGUUGCAGUCAAAUCUCUGACCUGCUUUGAAUUAGUUUUUUAGCACAGAAAUUUCAAUCAGAAGCAAAACAAAGUGUCAGAAGACGAAAAAAAAGAGUUCUUUUUACUUUCUUUCUUCAGAUGUGAUGUUAUUAACGUUGUACUUUAUGAAUCUGUAUUUUCUGCCAUGUUUCCAACACCAAAUAUUCCAAAGAGCCAAUGGGAACGUUUGGCUCUUUAAUUUCCAGGAUCCAGGAAUCGUGUUUUUUGUUCCUUGGAAAACAAAAUGCAGGAAAAAUGAAAAUGAAGCCUCAACUCUUCUACUGUCCAGCAGUGCUCUUCUCACCAUGUCCUUGUUUUUCAUCAUCUUUGUAUCGUGGGUGUCUGUGGGAACAGUUCUACCGUACAGGAACUACAGCCAGUACCAGGAACUAAAGGGUUUCCAUUGGACGGACUAGAACUUUAAAUGAUGUGCUGUCUGUCAGCAAGAAAAAAAAAGUUUCUGCCUGAGUGGUUGGACCAUGAGGGGCUUGCACCACACCACUUCCUUAUUGGUCCAAAUUCAGGACUGUUUUAUAGAACCAUGGACUUUUAAAUGAUGGAGAAAAUAGAAGGUACUGGUACUGUUGGGACUGUUUGGUUCCACACAGAGUCGGGACACUGGGAACUGUUUUUAAACAGCAGAGAAACUAAUUUGUCUACUACUUCACUGGACCUUCACCCUUCAGACACUCUUUGGUAUCUGCAUAACAGUUCCUAUAACAGUCAUAGAAGUUCCAUGUACUUUGUGCUGGAGUCACUGCUGACAUGAACAAAACUUCUCACCUACAGAAGUCAGUCAAAAGUUAACUGUGAAGUCUGCGCUGAGAAUUUUCUCUCUUUUUUUUAAACCCAUGUUAUUUUCUUCUCCUGCGUCUCCUUGGAAACUUGUUUUCCACUUUGUGUUUUUUGGGUUUUUUUUGUCCCUGAGAUGUUGAUGUCGAUGUAGAAUUUAAGUUUGUUCUUUCAUCUUCAUCUUUCUACAGCUGGGAAGUUUCUAAUGUUGGUGUUUUUUCUCCUUGUUCUGCAGUUAAUUUGGUUCAAUCCUAAAAAAAAAAAAAAAAAUUACUUCUUGUCAUUUUAUUUUGACUUUUAACUGUUUUAUAAUGAAAAACAAUGGGUGAGCAAUAUGAGCUAGGAGAAUUAAAUUUGUUCAUUAAUCACCAUUUUAAUUGUGUGUGAUGCUGCAGUCUGUUGGAUUUUUGUGUGAAAUCAGUUCUUUGGCAUCGUGAGCUUUUGGGACUUCAAUCCAAGUGGAGCGUCUCUUUUCCUAUGUUUUUUCCUCAUCAGGUCCGUUUCAAAUCCCACAUGUUCACUGCAAAUUACCUGGCAAAAUCCCUGCUGUUUUUCACACUGGGAAAUGUAUUAGGCAGAAAUUUUACAGAUGAGUUUCAGGCUCACGCUGGGUUGAGUUAAUCCAAGGUGCCAUCGCUUCUGCAUUUGUGCUUUUUCCACGUCAUCGGAUAAUAAUUAGAAAUGUAAGUCCCUUUGGUUGAAUGACAAAUUCAUUCUUUCUUUCCACCAAAUGAUUACAUCAUAGUACAGGGGGUUCUCAUAGAGAAUACAUUCAAAUACAUACCUGAUUUAAUGUGUACUACACAUACUGAUGUUCCACAGUCUCAGACUCUCACAGACUUAUAUAUUUAACAAAUGUGUGUGACAUAUUUAGUCUUUCUGAUCAGCUAUGAACGCACAAAGAAAAUGUACAGGGUGAAGUAGAAAGUACUAUGCCGCACUGAUAGGGGGCAGUGAUGUGCGUUGAGGUUCAUGACUAACAAUACUGAGCCCCAUAGACACAGUGGGUAACAGGUGUACUUCGCUGUGUCCUCUUUUACGCACAGGAUCCGGGGCGUGUCACCAAUUAGAGGAAUAAUAUUUAGAUUGAAAAUACAAAGACAAAAUUAAUUUGGUGAAAAAAUGAAUUUCUUAGAAAAAAUAUUAGGUCAAAUUUA